AUGUCGGCGCCCGACAGCCGACAUGGCCCGCCAUCAACACCGCUCCAUGAGCGAUCAAAAUCAGAGAGCGCCACCAAGUCCGGUAUCCGUCUCGUCCCAUAUACGCCGCCGAGAAUCGAUGGCGAUGAGCGCGCGCCAAGCCAGCUCUCACUGCGCGACAAUGCACCAAGCCGCAAUUCCAACCGAAGCAGCGAUCAGACCAUCCGACUUGUUGGACACUCGAGGAGCAGGAGCAGCGGGCUUGCAGAGGUGACAAAUGCGGGUGCCCCAUUGGAGCGGGGGAGGAGUGAAAGGGUUUCAGGCAUGAAACCCUUGGUCAGCCCCUCGGGGGUGGGCCAAGCGUCUGAAGAUUCGCCCAACAUCACGACAUAUCCUACAUCGACUCGAUCUUCCCGCGUAAGCGAGUCGCCAUCCCCAGCUGGGUCGUCCCAAACUACCACCAGGUCCAGGUCCUCGUCAAGGGCCCCUUCCAGACGACGCACCAUCAUCAUCACCAACCCUGACAAGACCUUCACCCUUGUCCGCAAUGACCCAGAAGCAGAGUCCUCUGUCACGCCCAGUCCGCUCCCAGCACGCGACAGCCUUAUUUCCCCUACCCUGUCAUAUGCGUCCAGAUCGAGCACGCAUGAACGGCCUUCGAUCCUCUCGUGGGCCGAGAGUCGCUCAGAGACCCCCAUGACGGGUGUAAGCACCUUCAUCCCGGAUCACACACCAUCUGAGCCGCCCUCUCCUGCACUCUCAUCUCCGGGCUCUUCAACCAUACACUUAGCUGAAGAUCCUAAUCCUGCAUCCUCUUCGUCCCCUUGGAACUACCGCAUGGUCGGUGGCCUGCGAAAGGUAGCCCAGACGCCCGAGCCCCCCGCCAUCAAGGAGCCUCUAGCAGACUCGCUGCCCUCCGACAGACCUCUCUCCCCACUGAUUGAAGACCCUACCGGCAAGGAGGAAGAGGUGACACCCACUAAGCCGCCCAAGACGAUCGUGUCGAAGACGUCAUUUACGUCUGCUGUGUCCGACCAAAGCAUCGAUACUGUCUCCGUGAGCACGAACUACAAGGUCUACGGUCCCGGCUCAUCGCCUGCUCAAGAGUCCAACGACAGUCUCCUUUUCAACCGACCCGGCACCUCCAACUGGGAGGUCUUGGGUGAAGCUUCCCCGGCCCCUGCUUUCAAGAACAGCCCAUUGGCAUCCUCGGCCUCGUCGUCAACAGGGGAGAACGAUAACUACGUCGUCCAUGGCGAGGCGUCACCGUCGCCAUCCGGAUCUGUCAUCGUCGUAACCAAGAAGCCUCGUCCAAGCUAUUCCCAGGAGAGCUUGCGAGUCGCGCCGCUCAGGCCAGCGAAGAAGAAGUCGUACGAAAACUUUGGAUACUACAAGCAACGGUCUCGUGAGAACCUUCGCUCGCGCACUAAUUCUGUCCACUCCUUGAAGAGCGUCGGUUCUGUUAUUGGCAAGCCGGAGCCGGCGUUGUUGGUGCCUCCAGUUACCGUCAACCUUGGGCUGCUGUCCCCUCGGGCCGCUCGUGGAGGUGAAUCGAGCAGUCCUUCGCAGCUACCCUCAUGGUUGGCGCCGCCAACCACAGGAUCCUCCUCCAGGCCUGAGAGUUCCAACACACAAGGACCAUCGGUCUCGAUGAUUACCGCAACUCCCCAUCAAUGGAGUUCACAGCUCUCCACCGUCCAGUCUGAAAGCGAAGUUGAAAGCAGCCCAAUGCCUACCCGAUCUGUUUCGCCAUUAUCCGAGUCCUCCGGCGGCCAUCACCGUCGUCGCAGUAGCGCCGGAUGGGUCAGCUCCAUGCACAGCCGCCAGAUGCCCAGUGUCUCCUCGUCCAUCGCUGGUCAACUGGAAGAAGGCGCCAAUACCAGCUCAGGGAGCGAUUCUCUUCACCGACCGCAGCCGAGCUUGUCAAGAGCGAGUCCACAGAUCCGCAUGGUGCGUGAUCAGGACGAGCACGGAGAUGGAAUUGCGGACCUGGAACACAGACCCUCCAGGGCAGCGCUCUCGAGUUACUUUACCACCACCAACAGUUCCAGCAGAGGCCUUCACUCCAGCGGUAGCUCUCGUUCUCGUGGAAACAGCUUCACUUCCGAGGUUCCCGCCUGGGCCAAGGUCUACUAUGGAUCGGGCGAAAGACGCUGGCUCGGAAGGUCUCCUUCUUUCAUGUCUAUCUCGGAAAGCGGUAGCAGGCCGGGCAGCUCAAGAUUCUACAACGACGGGGAUUCACCCACCGACGAGCAGUUCCCACCUAAUAUCUACAGCCCCAGGAAACGCGCGAGAGAAGUCCCCGGCGACCAUCCCUUUUUCGGACAAUCGGAGAUGGGUAUCUCACAAGCACCUGCCCAAGACUAUAACGUAUUCAGAACAUUGCGCCAGAAGACAUCCAGCAUCUGGUCCCCACAUCUUCGUCAGGAUCGACGCGCCAGCCGCUACAGCAUGUGGGACCCACCCAGCAUCAACUGGUCGGCCGAUACCAGUUUGAUGGGCAAGCGGAACAUUCAGGUGGUGCUCUUCAUCAUUGGCUUCAUCUUCCCAUUCGCCUGGAUGGCCGGAGCUCUCUUGCCACUGCCCCAGCGGUACUCUCUCGAAAAGGGAGAGAAGCAGCCCGAAUACCGUUACCAGCCCCAAGCUGGAGACGAGAGGAGAUUUGAAGCUGUGCGGUGGUGGAGGAACCUGAACCGGAUCAUGUCGGUUGUCGGUCUUCUCAUCAUCGGCGCCAUCAUCGCCCUGGCCGUUGUUGGUGUUCAGCAAGGAUGGGGACAAAACUCGCCAUAG